GCGGUUUGGGCUGCGCCUGUCAGCGCGGCGGCGGGAUGGCGGCGCUGUACGCCUGCACCAAGUGCCACCAGCGCUUCCCCUUCGAGGCGCUCAGCCAGGGCCAGCAGCUCUGCAAGGAGUGCCGGAUCGCACAUCCCAUCGUUAAAUGCACCUACUGCAGGACUGAAUUCCAGCAGGAAAGCAAAACCAACACAAUAUGCAAGAAGUGUGCUCAGAACGUGAAGCUCUAUGGCACACCAAAACCUUGCCAGUACUGCAACAUCAUCGCAGCGUUCAUUGGCAACAAGUGUCAGCGCUGCACAAACUCAGAGAAGAAGUAUGGACCUCCCCACUCCUGUGAGCAGUGCAAGCAGCAGUGUGCCUUCGACAGGAAGGAUGACAGAAAGAAGGUGGAUGGAAAGCUGCUCUGCUGGUUAUGCACACUGUCCUACAAACGGGUCCUACAGAAGACCAAAGAGCAGUGCAAGCACCUGAGCAGCUCCUCCCGAGCCAGCCUGCAAGAGAAGGAGCAGUACAGCAGGCUGAGCAGCGGCAGCCAUUACAACAGCCAGAAAACCUUAUCCACCUCUUCUAUUCAGAAUGAAAUCCCAAAGAAGAAAGCCAAGUUUGAUGCCAUAUCUGCCAAUGGUGACAGCGUUCCUUCCUCUCCCGAGACGCUUUGCCCCCCUAUCCAGAGUGCCCCGUCCACGUUGGCGCAGUGGGCUGCUUCCCAACAGAGUCUCGGUGCCCACCAUUGUCCUGUUUCUCAAGGCACUGACAUCCUGAAUUUUUCUCCUGACCUCGCCCUGGACUCUCCUGGCACCGACCACUUCGUUAUCAUUGCCCAGCUGAAGGAGGAGGUGGCCACCUUGAAGAAGAUGCUGCACCAGAAAGAUCAGAUGAUUUUGGAGAAGGAGAAGAAGAUCACAGAGCUGAAGGCUGACUUGCAGUACCAGGAGUCACAGAUGAGAGCAAAGAUGAACCAAAUGGAGAAGACUCACAAGGAGGUCAUGGAGCAGUUACAGCACACACCCAAGUUAAUGAUUGCAGAAGAUGACGGGUUUUGGAGGCUGCAGUUUUUGUCAGAAAGGCGUCCAUCACAGCCACCCUGCGGAGCAGUGGAAGCCUGGGAUAUCUGAUGGUGUGCAGGGGGUGGGUUGUGCCUCAGGGGCUGAUGGCAGCCAAAGCCCUGGGUCUGUGUUCUGCUUCUGUGAUCCUGCACUGCCCGCUUCAGCCUCGAGCUGCUCCUAUCCCAGAUCUUUGGGUGGCCUGCGAAGGACGACCUGCUGUUCUGAGCAGACCCUUUUCCCCUGGCUCAAACCCCCCCGUUCUGAUUGCCUCCCCAGCUGGGAGGUGGCCUCCAUCCUUGCAGUGGUUUCCCAAGACAGGGCAGCCCGGUCACUGUGUGUAUGGGAGGAGUCUGUCUGUCAUGAAAGCUGUCAGACACCUGCCAGCAGCUUUAAACUUGCUCAGUUCUGAACAGAAAGAGGAAGCAUCAGCUCCACAAGUGGGUUUGCCACCCUGCUCUGCUGGGUGCGUGUCCCCAUGGUGCUGUCCUGUCCUUACUUGGUGCCCCGACCUCCUCCUUUCUGCUGUCUGAAUGUUCUACUUCAGCUGCUAUUGACUGAGGCUCUGGAAACUUUCCUCACUGAUUCCAAAAUAAAAGUUCAAAUCA